GGUGGAAAACGAAGCGGUUACAAGAGGGAUGAGAUAUCACGGCACAGAAACCAGCGCUCUUCGUUCAUCCUGAUAAAUUUUUGCAGCAGCAAAUUCGCCAACACCUCUCUAUUUGUUAUUCAAUUGGAAGCUCUGAAGCCAUUGAAGAGACGCUGUUGAGUGGAAUGCAUGGCAUCUCCAGCAACAGCAGAUAUCUGUGAUGCAAACGCAGCACAUGUGGCAAGCGGGGAUCUGCGAGUACUGCAAUCAGUAUUCGAGAUCUACGGGCAACGGCGGGCGUUUUCGGGGCCGGUAGCAACGGUCAAGGUGUUUGAAGACAAUGUUUUGGUGAGACAGUUGCUUGAAAGCCAAGGUGAGGGUAGGGUUCUGGUGGUAGAUGGGAAUGGGAGCAGGAGAUGUGCAUUGUUGGGAGGGAAUCUUGGGCAGUUGGCUCAAAACAUGGGGUGGGCUGGCAUUGUUGUGAAUGGUUGCAUAAGAGAUGUUGAUGAGAUAAAUGUUUGUGAUGUGGGGGUGAGGGCAUUGGGGGCAAAUCCAUUGAAGUCAAACAAGAAAGGGAUGGGAGAAAAGCAUGUGGCUGUACAAAUUGGUGGGACUCUGAUUCAUGAGGGGGAGUGGCUGUAUGCAGAUAGUGAUGGCAUUUUGGUGUCCAAAUUUGAGCUGUCUGUAUGAAUAUUGAAUACAUAGAUAGCUGCUGAUUGAGCAUCAUGCACAAACUCUGUUCUGGUCUCAAUUGGUUGUUUCUUAGGCUUCUGGCUCUACUUAUGUUUAUGUGAACUAUUUCAUAUUUCUUUACCCAAUAUGUAACAUUCAAUGUAUUUGUGAUUCCAAAUGAAAGGAUGAUUCGAAAUUGAGUGUUGGUUUGUUCGUUUGUUUUGGAA